GAUAUUUUCAAAAUCAUUACAAAUGCAGUUGCACACGGUAACGGUUGUUGGUUGUUGUGGCACGGCAAUGAAAAGCGAAAACGAGUGUGGCAUAUUAUUAGAAGCAGCGGAAACGAUAGCGAUAUUUUAAACAUUUAAAAAAUACCACAACAAAAAAAAAACAAAAACCAAGGGGCAAGCAAGGAAUUAAGAAACAAAACAAAAGCUAAAGUGAAACAAAAUAGAACAUUAAGUGAUAGAAAAAAUUGCUAAAAAAUAAAAAACAAAAAUAAAAAGAGAAACUAAACACACAUACAUACAAACGAAAAGCAUUUCAAUCAACGACAAUAACAACAAAAAUUAAAAAAAUAUAAAUCUCAAAAAAAUUCUAUCUUUUAGUAAGGAAAUCUAAUGCAUUUAUUCAAACGGCAACACAAAACGCAAUUUAACAUAUCAAAGUAACAAAAAUCAAUGAAACUAAACGAAGGCUUAUUCUUUAAAUCUUUAAUUCAAAAAACAACAUUCGUUGCAAGCAACUAAAUCCCCCACACAACAAAGUCAACAAGAGAAAAUUUAAGUAAAAUCUCAUUACAACAAGUGUUACAAGAACACCAAACGAAGUGCAACGCCAACAAAACACAAACAAAAUCAAAUAGCAGCUAACAAACAAGCAGACAGUUAGACACACCGAGAGUCUCAAAUCUACAUAGACAACGACAAAAAAAAGGAACUCAGAGUGCAUUAUCAUCGUACACAUACACAGCCAACAGCAGCACCAUGAAUUCAAAAGUGGGCUCGUUAGAGGAAAAAGUCAAACUGCCGCCUACGGAAACAAUUAGUCGCUGCUAUCAGCCGCAGGGCAAUCGUAAGGUCAUUCGCAUCUUAACCGUCGCAGUCUAUGUGCUGUGCGUCUCAUUGGCCGCCAUAAUGCUGUCGCUGUAUUAUAUAUUCAUAUGGGAUCCAACGAUACGCCCAUUUGUGACCAAAGGCAAUAAUUGUGACAAAAUUGUGAUACCGGAAAAAAUUGCCAUACGCCUCAUCAAUUCAUCUGAAGUAACCGCCGAACAAUUCUACAGACACAUACUCGAGCAAUAUCGCAUACUGAAUCAACUGCAACAACAACGACAACAAUUUCUACAAAAACAACACAUACAGCUGCAACAAUUGGCAGCGGGUAAUAAAUUUCAAGAGAUUUUCGCUACAGCGACAAUAAUACAAUCGAAUCCCAAGGAUCGCAUUAACAAACCGGUGACACCAACCAAUGGAACAUUUCUUUUGGAUCCAGCUCGCCAGCCCCCACCACCACCCAUCAUAGAACCCGAUCGCAUACCACUGGGCAUUGAGGAGCAAGAGGCCAUAGAUCUCAGGCCUGUGGAGACACUUCCCAUACUGGAUACAGCACCUGUGAUUUAUGGCAAACGAAAGUCACAUCGCAAACAUUAUCAGCAUCAUCGAAGGAAUCAACGAAAUCAUCAGAAAAAGGAUAUGCUGGACGAAACAGUCAUGGGCGGUGUGAGCGACCUCAUGCCCAGCGUUGAGAAGGUCACCGAAGAGAAAUACAAGGAGGCUGCAUUGAAUCCCCCCACAUCCAUAGUCCAAGAGCCGGUUUACACCUCACUGCCCAUACCCUUGAUAUUGAACUCCAAAGAGGACCAGCGACCCUAUCACACACAUGGCCAUCACAGUGGCCAUAAUGAGAAGCGUACCAAGGCAUUGGCGAGAAAACGCAUAACAGCUCCAUCCGUUUCGGGUUAUGAGACAAAAUCCUAUUUAAAUCCAUUUCUAAAUGGUGAAUUAAUAUUUGAAAAGUAAAUUUAGCAGCAGAAAAUGUAGCAAAGGUAUGGAGUGGGGACACAGCCCUCCAGACCGAAGAAAGAAAAAAAACAAAAACCAGCCAAAUUAGUAGAUUUUAGAGACACACAACAAAACACACACAAGGGAAAACAAAAGGGAUUGAAAAGAACGCGGGAAACGUUGAAAAAAAGCCCUACAGAAACGAAUGACACAAUAAUUGAAAACUGAAAACAAAGCAAACCAAAAACAAAGAACAACAAGAAAAACUCAACUCCGACCUUAUUGAAAAACAACAAGAACAAAAAACAUGGAACACUUGGAACUUGAAAGCCAUAUCAUUCAUACACGCCAAAAAAUAAAAAAAAAAAAAACACCACAGAAACUCUCGCAUACACACAAAACACUCUUAAACCGGAAACCAACCAAAGCCAAUUUUAAAAGUGAACGCCAUUUAGCAGCAUGAUUCCAAAACACACACACACACACACACACAUUAAACAACAACCCUAUAGUAAAUCUAUUGUAUACCACAACAAACACAAAAAAGAUUUUAGAGAUUUAUAUACAUACAAAUGAACAAACAUCGUAUAAUGAAACCUUAGUCCGAGCCCAUUUAUCGAUCAGCUUCAAUUCAACUCACCUCACCUUAUCACUCACACUAACUACUUAGCCCACCCACCCACCUAAGCCGCCAAAAAUGAAAGCCAUACACCACAUAGACACACAGCUACACUUAUGCAAACUGUUUAGAUAAACCUACAAUGGCGAAAAACAAACUCUUCACACACACACACACACACAUACACCCAUUUAUAUACACCAUAUAUAUAUAUAGUAAUCCACAUUUUGAUGCAGUGUUUCAAUCCACAACUACUACUACUUUAACCACACACGCUCAUGAUCACCUUAACCUUAACACUCACUGAACGCUCACUCGCCUAUAAACCAGCUGAAGGUUGAAAUUAUUCACAAAAAAGGUAAUUUAUUUUUUUUCAUCUAAUUUGUAGUUUUUUUUAUAAUUUUUAAAGUUUUUUUUAAUUUUUUGCGGAAAUUUUUGUUAAAAAUUUUUAAUGUAUAGAAACUUUUGCCAAUAUUUUAUAGAAAAUUUUGCUCAACUCCUAUUUCUCUAGAAAAAAAGUCAAUAUUUUAUUUCCAUACAAAAUUUUAUAAGAUUUUUUCUAUAGAAAAUCUGUUUAAAAUUUUGUUUCAAUGGUUAUUUUGCUAAGAUUUCAUUUCAAGAGAAAUUUUGUCAAAAUUUGUUUUCAAUGGCAAAAACAGGCAAAAAAAAACUUGAAAUGAAAAAAUUUCGGCAGAGCUCGGCCGGGAUUCGAACCUGAGCACACGGAGCAACAACGAGAGCCGUUGCCUAGCGUUGGAAACCAUCAAUACAAUUUCCAACAGAUGUACAGAAUCAUGUGUAUGCCAUAGGAGUAGUGUAAAUGUGUACACAAAAAAUCUGUCAUUACACAAAAACACAUGCAUUGGGAAAAGUACAGCUAACAGACAGGAUUGUCGAGCGUGAUUAAUGUGGUAUUUAUAUUAUAGAGACAUUUUCGCAAUAAAUUCGACAUAAGUACAAUAUACCAAUGUACGGCCCUUGAAACCUUCACACUUUAUAUGGCAGAUGGGUUAUUCUAACCAAAUGACGAAACGCAUCCCAACAUGCAUUGGGAAAAGUACAGCGCUAACAGACAGGAUUGUCGAGCGUGAUUAAUGUGGUAUUUAUAUUAUAGAGACGUUUUCGCAAUAAAUUCGGCAUAAGUACAAUAUACCAAUGUACGGCCCUUGAAACCUUCACACUUUAUAUGGCAGAUGGGUUAUUCUAACCAAAUGACGAAACGCAUCGCAUAGUGGUUGGUGUGUGUAGCGAUCUCUGGCUUUCCAUUUCCAUUUGCAAAGAAAAUCUCCGAUCAUUGAGCUCGUCUCGAAAGAGAACUAAACAAUUUCACAAGAAUUUGGUGAUUUUUCAAAAAUUUUUAACAAAAUUCAUUUUUAUUAUUAGAUUUUCUAUUUUUAUACUCUUAAUUCGGUCCAUGUUUUGAUAUAGCUGCCAUAUAAACCGAUCUUGGGUCUUGACUUCUUGAGCCUGUAGAGGGUGCAAUUCUCGUCCGAUUUGAACGAAAUUUUGCACAUGAUGUUUUGGUAUCACAUCCAACAACUGUGCUAGGUAUGAUUCAAAUCUGUUCAUAAGCUGGUAUAGUUGUCAUAUAAACCGAUAUUGGCUCUUGACUUCUUGAACCGCUAGAGGGCGCAAUUCUUAUUCGAUUUGGCUGAAAUUUUGCAUGACUUGUUUUGUUAUUACCUUCAACAACUGUGCUAAGUAUGGCGCAAGUUGGUAUAUAACCUGUUGUAGCUACCAUAUAAACCGAUCUGGGAUCUUGACUUCUUGAGCCUCUAGAGGGCGCCAUUCUCGUCCGCCGAUUUGGUAGAAAUUUUGUACAACGGCAUCUCGCAUGACCUACAACAUACGUGUCAAAUAUGGUCUGAAUCGAUCUAUAGCUUGAUACAGCUCCCAUAUAACCGAUCUGCCGAUUUUGCUUCUUGAGCUCCUACAAGGGGCAAUUCUUAUCCGGAUGGACUGAAAUAUUACACAAUAACUUGUACAAUGUUCAGCAUUCAAUUCUUUAUGGUCCGAAUCGGACUAUAACUUGAUAUAGCUCCAAUAGCAUAACAGUUUUUAUUCAUUAUUCUUUGUUUGCACAACAAGAUCAAAUCUUAAAAGUUAGUGUGCUUAUUCGUGGGUUCAAUUCCCACCAUCUGUGGUAUCACAAUUGGCCUCAUAAUUGUCUAAGUGAGUCUGUAAGGACUGCCACUCUUACGUCUACGCAAAUUUCGUUCAGAGAUCUUAGUCGCUGGUUUAACCAAGGUGGUUUUGCAUUUUACAUUUUUAUUAUACCGUACACCGUACACUACUGUGUUACAGGGUAUUAUAACUUAGUGAAUUGGUUUGUAACACCUAAAAGGAAGAGAGAUAGACCCAUUGAUAAGUAUACCGAUCGGCUCACUUUCUGAUUCGAUUAAGCUAUGUCCGUCUGUCUGUCCGUCUGUCCAUGUUAAUUUGUGUACAAACUACAGGUCCGAUCGUCUUCAAAUUUGGUAUGGGCAUGUUUUUUGGCCUAGAGACAAAGCCUAUUGAAAUUGGAACAAAUCGAUUCAGAUUUGGAUAUAGCUCCCAUAUAUAUGUUCGUCCGAUUUGCAGUAAUACUGCAAUAAAAUGGUCAUUUGUUAUCCGAUUCUCUCGAAAUUUGGCAGGAAGGAUUUUCUUAUGACUCCCGACAUUAGAGAAGAAUUUCAUAGAAAUCGGUACAGGUUUGGAUAUAGCUCCCAUAUAUAUGUUCGUCCGAUUUGCAGUAAUAAUGCGAUAAAAUGGUCAUUUGUUAACCGAUUCCCUAGAAAUUUGGCCGGAAAGAUUUUCUUAUGAAUUUCGAUAUUACAGAAGAAUUUCAAAGAAAUCGGUACAGAUUUGCAUAUAGCUCUCAUAUAUAUGUUCGUCCGAUUUGCAGUAAUAAUGCAAUAAAAUGGUCAUUUGUUAAACGAUUCCCUAGAAAUUUGGCAGGGAAAAUUUUCUUAUGACUUUCGAUAUUACAGAAGAAUUUCAUAGAAAUCGGUUCAGAUUUGGAUAUAACUCCCAUAUAUAUGUUCGUCCGAUUUGCAGUAAUAAUGCAAUAAAAUGGUCAUUUGUUAACCGAUUCCCUAGAAAUUUGGCAGGAAAAAUUUUCUUAUGACUUUCGAUAUUACAGCAAAAUUUCAAAGAAAUCGGUACAGAUUUGCAUAUAGCUCUCAUAUAUAUGUUCGUCCGAUUUGCAGUAAUAAUGCAAUAAAAUGGUCAUUUGUUAAACGAUUCCCUAGAAAUUUGGCAGGGAAAAUUUUCUUAUGACUUUCGAUAUUACAGAAGAAUUUCAUAGAAAUCGGUUCAGAUUUGGAUAUAACUCCCAUAUAUAUGUUCGUCCGAUUUGCAGUAAUAAUGCAAUAAAAUGGUCAUUUGUUAACCGAUUCCCUAGAAAUUUGGCAGGAAAAAUUUUCUUAUGACUUUCGAUAUUACAGCAAAAUUUCAUAAAAAUCUGUUCAGAUUUGGAUAUAACUCCCAUAUAUAUGUUAGUCCGAUUUGCAGUAAUAAUGCAAUAAAAUGGUCAUUUGUUAACCGAUUCUCUUGAAAUUUGUUAGGAAGGAUUUUAUCUUGACUCUCGACAUUACUGGUGAGUUUCGUGAAAACUGGUUCAUAUUUAGAUAUAGCUGUCAUAUAUGUAUAUUGCCCGAUUUUCACUUCUAAAGUCAUUGCAAUCGCAUUUUUUGACCAAUCUUGCCAAAAUUGUACACAACGUUUCUCUAAAGAGAAUUUCCCUUAUGUAGCGCAGCAAGAAACAAAAUUACUCCACACCAUAUAUUUCUACCAAAUGAAGACAUCCAACUACUACAACUAAACGCACUUGCUCAACUGCUACUCUAAGCAAUCAUCGAUUGCCAUAAAAGUGAGUUUUCAAUGUAAGAAAAUUGCAGCCUAAACUGUUUGCGGCGUGCUGUUUCGUUCAUUCAAAAUCUUAUUUCCAAAAAAAUAUUUUCAAAAUUUUAAAAUUUAAUGGUGGAUAAUUGAGGAUGUUGCAAGCCUGCAUAAGGUUGGGCUAGGCAUGAAAAUUGAAAUUGUUUGAGGUGAUUUUGUACAGAAAACUGACUCUCAUGUAAUUGGUGGUUAAUGAGUCCAUCAGUGUAGAUUUCACAUAGCUUUAAUGCUAAAAAUCUAACUUAAAUAGAACAAUGAACAUGCCAUGAAACUGUGGGCAGGUCAGACGGACAGAUAUGAUACACUAGGUACUGAUGAGGAUCACCAGCCCAGAAACGCUUCUACCAAUGGUGUGACAUCUAUGCCAUUUAUUUUCAUCAAUUCAUGAAAAAAACAACACACUUUCUCGUGGUCAUUUAAGCUCGACUAAACAAUAUAUUGGAUUGCCCAAAAAGUAAUUGCGGAUUUUUCAUAUAGUCGGCGUUGACAAAUUUUUUCACAGCUUGUGACUCUGUAAUUGCAUUCUUUCUUCUGUCAGUUAUCAGCUGUUACUUUUAGCUUGCUUUAGAAAAAAAGUGUAAAAAAAGUAUAUUUGAUUAAAGUUCAUUCUAAGUUCUAUUAAAAAUGCAUUUACUUUCUUUUAAAAAAAUCCGCAAUUAUUUUCUGGGCAACCCAAUAAUACAAGGAAGUAGAGUAUAUGUCGUUUUCAGCGAGCCAGUCUAUCGGACACAGGUUGUAGAGGAGUGGAAACUUUUGAUCGCACAAAGAAUUCUUGACCCGAUGCAAUUUCCUCAACAAUCCCCGACGAGCACAUAUCAGGGGCAAGCCCUUCAUUAGAGGGGUUUCCAAUAGAUGUGUAUAUUAAAAUAUUUUUUAUUGAAAAUUUUGAAAAAUUUCGUGAAUUUGAAAA